AUGGAUUCACUCACCGAUCCAACCGGCCAAGACAGGCUAGUUUUCUGUCAUUUCAUAAUUGGCGUUGUCAGUAACCGCCAGAAUGCCAGCGACUAUGACGCAGACAUGAAAAGAGCCAAAGCGUAUGGCAUUGAUGCCUUUGCUUUGAACAUCGGGACAGACUCCUACACCGAUACCCAGCUGCACUACGCCUAUGAAUCUGCCGCCAACAACGACAUGAAGGUGUUCAUCUCGUUCGACUUUAACUGGUGGCAUUUCAGCCAAGGUAGCGAAGUCGGAACUAAGGUCCGCCAGUUUGCAGACCAUCCGGCUCAGCUCAAAGUAGACGGUAAGGUGUUUGUCUCAUCGUUCUGUGGCGAUGGUGUCGAUCCCUGUGCAAUCCAAACUGCUGCUGGCUGUGAAAUCUUCUUUGCACCUAACUUCCAUCCCGGCCAUGGAGAUUUCGAUAAUAUCCAGGGUGCCAUGAACUGGAUGGCGUGGGACAGCAAUGGUCAUAAUAAGGCUCCGGCCGCGGGACAGAAAAUAGCCGUGACGGAUGGCGAUGAUGCUUAUGGAUAUGCACUUGCUGGGAAGCCAUAUAUUGCGCCCGUAUCACCUUGGUUCUUCACACAUUUCGGUGCGGAGGUCCCCUACAGUAAAAACUGGGUGUUUCCGUCGGAUCUUCUUUGGUACCACCGAUGGAAAGAAAUCCUGGCUCUGCGGCCUCGCUUCGUGGAAAUCAUCACCUGGAAUGACUUUGGCGAGUCGCACUAUGUCGGUCCUUUAUCAUCACCCCACACAGAUGACGGUUCAUCCAAGUGGGCGAUAGACAUGCCACACAAUGGUUGGCUGGACAUGGCUAAACCCUUCGUUGCCGCGUAUAAAGCGGGCUUGCCCGAUCCAGAUGACUUCAUUCAUGAAGAAAGGCUCGUCUACUGGUACCGCCCAACUCCCAAAUGGGUUGACUGCGACGCAACCGACACAACAAUGUUGGACACUGCCAACAUUGCCAGUGGGGACUUCUUCCGCGGGAGGCCACACGGUUCAGAGACAAUGGAGGACAGUGUGUUUAUUGUGACGCUGUUGAAGGAGCCCGCAGAUAUGGCGGUAUGCUCCGGGUCGAGCACACGGACGUUCCAAGCACCGGCAGGUGCGCACGCGUGGUCGGUACCAAUGGGCGUGGGUGUACAGUCAUUCGAAGUUCGCCGAGAGGGAAACCUUAUCGAAGCGCUCUCUGGAGUUAGUCUACGAGAUGUGUCUGACCAAUGUCCGUACGGCAUUUAUAAUUUCAAUGCCUACGUUGGCACACUACCUGCCGACUCGGAGAUUGACAAGCUGCAGCCGGAUGGGAUGGCUCUGUUAUCCCAGGGAUUACGGACAUCUUGUCAGUCUAAUCCUUUGGGUAAUGAAGGGUGUGGAAAACCCAUAACUCCACCAUCGAGGACAUCCUCACCUGUACCAGACUCAGCCAGUUGCUGUACCAUUCUGUAG